AUGGAAGCUCUCUUCCUCAGCUUCUCAGCGCUCCGAGAGCUUUCUUUCCUGCGUACACUCUUGUGGCCCACGCCAGUCGAGUGCACCUGCGAGGUGCCUGAGGCUCUGCUUGCUGCGGAGCCUGUUCUCGGGGAGUGCCGUCUCCUGGCGGAGCUGGUCGGGCGUUCGAGCCAGUGCGUCUGCCAGUGCGACUGCCACUCUCACUCGGAGGCCGUCGUGGGGAGCGGGCUCACGGCCUUGCUCGGGCGGCUGGCGUUCGUCUCGGUCAUCGCCUUCACGCCUGGCCUGCUGAUCGGUGACAGCUUCGGCCGCUGCAGCUGGGGCGCCUCGCCGGUUGUGAACGACACGUUCGUGUCCCUCGUCGAGGAACGGGUCAUCGUCUCCCGAGACUGGGACAUCUUCGAGGAGGACUACGCCGAGGCCGACGACCUGAAGCGGUUUCUGGCCAAGGGACAAGCGCCCGCGACGGCGUGCGCGCUCUCUCACUACCUGGUCGACCACUACCGCUUCGACCAGGACAGGCAGUACUACAUGGACACGGAGGAGGCUCUCGCGCGGGGCCUGAGUCCCGCCGGGGCGGUGGUCCCUGUGGCUGCGCCGCCCGCGGCGGGCGCGAGCGCCGGGCCCGCCGCGAAGUGGUGCGCGAUGGAGUCUCGUGGCAGUGUGGGGCUUGGUGACGUUCUCACCGGCUCGCUGGGGUUAGUCGAGUUCGAGUCCAACGUGCGCUGUACCUUCAAGCUGAAGGACAUGAGGCUCGUCGACUUCGGGAAGAGCUGGGAGAUCGAGGGUCCGCGCUCGACGUAUUACACGGCGGAGCGGAUCUACGAGGGCAACCACAGCUCGGGGCAACGGCACUACUGGUGGCGCUCCGUGAUGGGGCUGUCGGCGACGGACGUCGGCGUGGACGAGUACUUGCUGGUGUCCCAGCUCCUGGAGGUCGGCAUGACGAUCGAUCAGAUGCAGGUCUGCAACCCUGCGACGCUCGAGCUCCCGAGCCGACGUUAUCAGAUGUGGGAGAGCGCCGACAAGGAUCUGCUGCGAGAGGUGGACACAGGCGGCUCGGGUGGCGACGACUGGCUGAGCGAGCGCUCGCUGCUCUUUGGCGUGAAGAAUCUGAGGAGCAGCGCCAUCGUCAUGCUUGAGCUGGAGGACUACGUGGCGAAGGAGCUGGCGGCCCGCGCCGCCCUGCUGAAGGAGCGCCGCAAGGGCUUUCGCGAGGGGUUCAGGGCUGGCAGGUGGUGCCACCCUGAGGCGUUUUCAGCUUCGCAGCAGAUGAGGCAGCGCGACGUUCUGCCGAUCUCCCUGGCGGCCGCCUCGGAGGUCUGUGCUGGGGGUGCCAGCGGGCUGGGCUUGUCCCAGAGCCAGCGGCGGCGGCUUCGACGUCGACGUGCUCAGGAGGGCUGGCUGUUCGAGGGCAUCCGCGCCUUGAACGAGCUGGGCGCUCCCGAGCCGCUGGCGACCUCGCCUUCGUCCUUGACUUCUGCUCAGAUCUCGGCCGUUCGACACCUUGCACGGCAGUGCGGAUCAGUCGUCGCUCCCCCGCCUGACUGCGGGAGCGCCCUGGGAGCGUGGGAGGCGCUCCAGGGUACGCGGCCCGGCUACGCGGAUGACGCGAUGGCCGUCGGUGCUCGGGCGAACUUCGAGCGAGGGAACGUGUCGCUUCCCGCGGGGCUCUCUGGGCGAGUUGCGCUGAGUGAGUGCCUGCCGCCCGCCCUGCAGUCUGCGCUUGAAGCUCUCGCUCAUCUCGAGUGCGAGCCUCAUGUGAUCCCCGUGCUGCACGGGGGCGAUGUCGAAGUCUACUAUUACCAGUUUACACUCCCUGAACAGUACAGGUGUUAUUUCGGCCUGCCCUCCCUUCCUAUUGCGCACCUGUCCCCGGACCUCGUCGCCGCGCUCCCGGAUGCGGCUCGUAAUCGGGGCUGGGGGGCUCGCGUGGUGCCGAUGGGUUGGAAUUGGGCCGUGGCUCUUGUACAGGCCGCUAACCAGUAUCAGCUCGAUAAGGUUUCCCCCGAGGCCCCGUGGCUCCUAGAUAAGGCCCCGCUCCCGCCUCUUGGCGACGUUGGGUCGCUUCGCGGACUUUAUAUCGACAACUUCGUUUCCAUUGCCCAGUCUAAGUCGGUCGCCACCUCGGACGUCGAGAGCAUGCAGUCUCAGCUCGCGGGCCUUGGGAUCGCGGCGACCUUGGAGACCUCAGAGGCGGGGGACAAUGACUUCAUUGGUUUCACUUUGGUGGGCGCGUCGGGGGAAUGGCGUCCUAAAGCUAAUCGUUUCUGGAGGUUGAAACUGGCGGCCGACUAUCUUCUAGAGGUCCGACCUGCUAUCACAGGGCAGGAGCUGGAGCGUUUCGUGGGCCACGUCACGGCUCUGUUCUCGCUUUCCCCGGAGCUCUUGUGCCUCAUGGAAAAGGCGCCGCGGCCCCGGGCUUUGGACCACCAGGAGGAGCUGGAGAUUUCGGAGGCCUCGGAGGCCAACAUCCUGGGACUUGGGCGAGCUCGCUCUUUCGCUGAGGUCCCGGCGGCCCUGGUCGAGCGGAGCUGGACUGUGGCCUGCGCGGGCCGCUGGAGGGGAGUCCCGGGGUCCCAGGUCCAUCUCGGGGCCCGGGCCAGGACCUGGACGGUGCGACAUGUUGCUCGAGAUUGUAGCCUUCAUAACACCCGGGUGCUGCUUCUGGGCGAUAACAUGUCGGUGAUUUGUGCUCACGCGAAGGGCAGGUCGUCGACUCUGGCCAUGAACUUUCAGUGCCGGCUCUCGUCUGCCAUCGCUCUCGCCGUCGGGCUCAAGCUUCACGACCGAUGGGCCCCCUCGGAGCUCAACGCCCUGGACGCUGCGAGCCGAGGCUCGGGCCGCCUGGAGCGCCUCCGGGCGGCGACGCGGGCGCGGCUGCUGCUGCUGGUCCCGCUGCUGACCGGCCUGCAGCAGGAGCGGAUCCGCCCGGCGACGCAGGCGGGCUACUGCGACGUGCUGGAGCAGCUGGCUGGCUACCUGAAUCAGUGGCCGCUGCCCGCUUGGUCGGGCCCGCAGUGGGCCCUCCAGCUCCUCGACUUCGUGGAGUGGGCGCGGGGCGAGGGGUGGUCGCGGGCGCUGGCCUCUCGGCUGCUGGCCGCCGUGGUGUGGGCCCAGCCUGCGUUGGGUGGCUCGCUGCGCCAGGCCUUCCCCAGCGCGCAUGCGGCCAUGCUGGGCUGGCGCCAGCUGGACCCGGGGCACAGCCGCCCGCCACUGCCCUGGGGCGUCGUGCUGGCCUUGGCGUGGGCGAUGCUGCCCGAGUGCCCUGUGGGCGCCCUGGCCAUCAUCGUCAUGUUCGAGACCUGCCUGCGCCCCUCGGAGCUCCUCAGCCUGACUGUGGGGCAGCUGGUGCCGCCCGCGACGUCGCGCGGCCAAGGCGCGUUCUGGGGCUUCUGCGUUCACGUGGAAGAGCUGGGACGGCCGUCCAAGACCCAGGAGUUCGACCUGAGCGUGCUCCUCGACUUUGACCGCCACCGCCCACCCAUCCCGCUGCUGCAGGCGCUGCAGGCGGGGCGCGCCUGCGGAGAGCGCCUCUUCGACGUCAGCUCGAGGCAGUUGUACCAGUCCUUCGCGCUGGCCGUGCAGCAGGUGAAGGUCUCUUGCGUCGAGCCGAGCCUCUACGCGCUGCGGCACGGGGGCGCCAGCCACGAUCGUCUCGUUCGAGCGCGGUCGCUCCUCGAGGUGCAGCAGAGGGAGCACGGGCGCAGCUUUCGGGGCGUCGCUCGCUACGACAAGCACGCGCGGGUGCCCUUGCAGCUCGGCAAGCUCCCCGCGACGGCGAGGAGUCAGAUCGCGGCGCUGGUGGACCGCGGCCUCACGCCCUUCGUCGAGCGCUGCGUCAAGCUCUUGCACAGCCGCAGCCCCUCG